UGCUAUUAAAUUAUUAAUGAAAAUAUUUUAUACUAUGUAGACAUAAUCAUAAUUGCGUUGGAGCUUGCGGAAUUGUUUCUUUGCAAAUGUUCGUUCUCGAACAGGACAUCGCCGAAAUUUUCCCGCUUUCAGUGCGUGAAUUGCAACACGCAUCUUCGACGGUGUAGCCGCCGACGAAGUAUUCGUGAAGCUGGUUCACAACCGGCGUGCAUUCAAACACCGGAAAGGAGGCAUGGGUAUGGAGUAUGGAGGUAUGGAGCGAGUUCAUCGGAUUCGUCGUGGGUGGCCUGCGGGCGAACGCAACGCGUGUGUGGUCCGAGCGUUCGUAUGCUGGAUGCGGCUGUCGUGAGGAGCCUAGAAGAUGCAAGACGCUUUGUUCGAACGAAACGGAGAGCUUUCUCCGUGGCAGCCUGUGCCUCUUCGGGAAAUAAUUGUCGUGUAGUUCUGAGUAACAGCCCUCAAGAUGAUGCUACAGCUGAUUUAUUAUUUUCUGAUCUUCCAUCAAGUGUCGUCCGAAUUGACGCAUGGUUUUGCCGCUAAUUCGAACAGUGAGAAUGAAACUUGGAAGCAUGAUUUGGAAUUAAGCCCCAGGCACAGGAUCAAGGACUCCAGUUACCUGCUGGACAGGUAUCCCAUAAGAGAGUUACCACCAGAUUCUUUAAACUGUCGUAGACCUGCAAAAUGUGUAGACAUGCAGAGGAAUACUUGUAUGGGCACAAGACUGCCAUAUAGUACCACCACUCUAGAUCUUAUACCUGAACAUAUAACUCAAGAUAUUGUGGAGGAAAAGUUAAAUUUAUUACAAGCGUUAAGACAUAUGCCAAAGUGUUGGGCAGUUGUUCAGCCUCUUCUCUGUUCAAUAUUCAUGCCAAAAUGUAUCAAUGAUACAGUAGACUUACCAUCGCAGGAAAUGUGUAAAAUGGUUUCCGGGCCCUGUAGAAUUGUGUUCAAUCACACGAUAUGGCCGAGCUUUAUUAAAUGUGAAAAUGCAGACUUGUUUCCCAGAUUAUGCAAAAAUGAUAUUAGAGAAUUGAAGUUUAAUAUAUCUGGGAAAUGUCUAAAACCAUUAGUCCCAACCGACAACACUCUUGCCAUUUUUGAGGGAGUCGAAGGUUGCGGUACACAAUGCAACGAUCCACUUUUCACACCGGAUGAGCAUAAACAAAUUCAUUCCUUCAUUGCUUGGGCUGCAGGUAUCUGUGGUUCAUUCAAUUUAUUUACAGUUAUAACAUUUUUAAUUGACUGGAGAAGCGCAAAUAAGUAUCCAGCUUUAGUCAUAUUUUACAUCAAUUGUUGUUUCAUGGUAUCCUGUAUUGGGUGGCUCGCUCAGUUUACACCAGGAAGCAGAGAUGUAAUCGUUUGCAGAAAAGAUGGAACUUUGAGAAUGAGCGAACCAAGCGGAGAGAACUUGUCCUGCGUCGUUGUGUUUAUCCUUGUAUACUAUUCCCUUAUGGCAGCUAUGGUGUGGUUCGUCAUUCUUACAUAUGCUUGGCAUAUGAGUUUUCAAGCAUUAGGCAAGAUCCAAGACAGAAUCGACAAGAAGGGUGCAUAUUUCCAUUUAAUCGCUUGGUGUUUACCAUUGGUCCUCACUGUCACUAUUAUGGCAUUAGGCGAAAUCGACGGGAAUAGCGUUACCGGUAUUUGUUUUGUGGGUUACACCAAUCAUGCAGUCAGAGCUUGGUUCUUACUCGGUCCCGUGUUGAUCGUCCUGAUAGUUGGAGGAUACUUUUUAUCGAGAGGAUUAAUUACGCUGAUCCGAUUGAAAAUAAGUAGCCAAGAGAUUAUAUCCGAAAGGGCAAGUGCCAAAAUACGAGAAACCAUCGUACGCAUGGGUCUCUUUUCGAUUUUCACCUUCGCUGCAGUCAUAAUGACGUUCUAUUGCCAUAUUUACGAGUUCCAACACUCUUGGGAAUGGCGUCAGAGUUUCAGGAAUUAUAUGAUAUGCGCGAUAACGACGAAGUACAUGGACAUAUCUGAAUGCAAAAUGGAAGUACGACCGAGUGCAGCUAAAAUGCAGUUGCAUUUAUUUUCUCCUUUCUUCGCCGGUAUUCUUAUGUCUUCAUGGGUUUGGACCGGCUCCACCGUGGACACGUGGACCAGAUUCCUUAGACGUACUUUCAACUGCGAAACUGAAGAACCUAUCAGAUUGAAAAAGCACAAGGUAAUCGCUCAGGCAUUUGCGAAGCGUAAGACAUUCAACAACGCUGGUCGGUUGUCGAUCAGUUUCCACAAUACCCACGAGGAUCCAGUCGGAUUAAACUUCGAUCUCAAUUCCGUGGCCUCUCAAGACUUCAGUUCGACAUGGGCAGCCGCUUUACCCAAACUGGUUACUCGCAGAGGCGCGCUCGUCGGCGGUACAACAGGCUCUGUCUCCAGUAACAGAAGAAAUUCCGUGGAUUCCGAGAUCAGUUUCAGCGUGCGUCGAGUAUCAGUUGAGUCUAGAAGGAACUCUUUAGACUCUCAGAUAUCAGUUCAAAUAGCUGAGCUGAAAACAACGCGAAAAGUUGCGAGCAGUUCGCGCGGUCGACGUGGGAAACGCCGACGGGAUUUUGGAAAAUCUAGAUCUGGCAAAGUGGGUCCUUUAUACAGAAGAGGCAGCACGACGUCGCAAGAAAGUCAGCUUGGUGCACAGAUAUUGUCGGCAUUGACCAUAGGCGGUGGUAAUUCGAGAGUAUCUCCGAAUCAAGUGCCGAAUAUGAAAAGACGAUCAGCUAGCGCCGGUCUGGAUGAACACACCUUGAAUCCUAAGCUGUUCGAUGGAAAGAACAAUGCAGGGAUGUUGCUGCCGUUUCUUUUACCGGGACGAAGUGCUAGCGACGUGAACUUGAGCAGCGAGGAGAAACAGCAUCAAGAAAUAGUAGGGAAGAACAUGGAUAUCGAAGCUGGAACCAUGGAAAAGGAUGAUCAGGACACCGAUAGUGAUGAUAGCCAACCGGAGGAAGAAGCGAAGAUGUUGGAUCCUGAAGAACCUCAAGAACGUAGCAAGAGUAAAACUAGUAACAAGAGUACUAAGAGUUACGGUCAUGAAAGUGACCGAAGAAGCCGAGAAGGUCGUAGAAGUAAGUAUCUUCUUCAAGAUGAGACCAUCCUGAAACAUCUGUUUCAAGAAUCCAGCGAUAUCAAAUUGAAAGGCGACGCAGAUUUAAAGGACGUCUACAGGAAAGCUGGAAUGGGAAAUCUGGCAUCCAGUCUGACCUCGUGUUGUCCAGAGUUGACUAGGCUUAUGCAAUCCGAAAUUCAGACCGGGAAUGCCCGAGAAAUGGCAACUCAGACAUCAUUGCCGUUAGAUAUUUUAGAAAUGGAAGAAUUGAAGCAGAGCAUAGACGAGAUUAUUAAUAGUAGACACUGCAGUUCGAAGGGAACACAGAUCUCGCCGCAGCUAAAUAAAAAUAAAAAUAUAGCUACGUAAGGAAGAAGAAAUCGUGUUACAUUUUUAGUCGUAAGUUUUUUUCUACUUCGUGAAAUGUGGAUGUUCCUUAAGAGAAAGACGCCUCAGUGCGCAAAUUAUCUAUUGUGAUAAUGCAUUUGUCAUAGUGCAAUAGUGUCUCUUCGACUGUAAAUAGUACCUUGAAUUAACUCAAACUUAACAUAUAAUUUUAUAUCUUUUAUUAUUGACAAAAUUGGAACGUAGUAAAAAAUAAUUCGAUGGACUUUUACGAUGCUAAAGAUACAAAUGGAUUAUAAAUAUAAUUCAUUUGCUUUUAUACAGAAUAAUUUCGAAAAUUAACAUUGUCCUGUAUGUUACAGUAUUUUAAUAUCCUAUUGUACUUAGACUACAUACAAGUAUUUUUUACG